AUGUCAAAAAAUCCUUUUCAUCAUUCGGCAUCAUCCGAUGUCCUACGUCUAAAGGCUUUACAAUCUGGCUUUGAAAGUCGUGUUGAAGUAAAUCAACGGAUGUUAAUUGAUAAAAUGCUUGCACGUUAUUCUUCUGACUUUGUUGUUUGUCGCGAAUUGAUUCAAAAUUCUGACGAUGCUAAAGCAACAUCAUUUCAUUUUGAAAUAACUUGCGAUGAUGAAUUAUCAUCAUCGACAGAAAAAGAUUUUCAUAAUAAAACCAUAACAGAAAUUCGUGCUAUAAAUAAUGGUCUUGUAUUCAAUGAAACUGAUUGGAAACGUGUAGCAGCUAUAGCUGAAGGAAAUACAAAUGUUGAAUCAGUUGGUCAAUUUGGCGUGGGCUUUUUCUCGGUUUUUUCAUUUUCGGAAGAACCAAUCAUAGCAUCAGGAAAGGAAUAUAUGGCAUUCGUUUGGCGGGACGAUAAUUCGUUAACAACUUACCGUCAUGAAUUACCACUAGACGAACAAUCUCAAUUAACAUCGAUUAUUCUUAAAAUGCGUACAAAAUAUAUUUUACAUACAGAAACUACGCUCGAUAUCGAUUCAAUAUUGGAUAUCAAUGAAAGUCCUAAUAGUAAAUCACCAAGUAAAAAACGACAAAAGAAAAGUGUAACGCCUACUGCAGCAACAACAACCAGUGAAAUUAUUCCAACUAUUAAUCUUGCACAACUCAAAGCUUAUUUUACUAAAGUUUUAUCAUUUACAAAAUAUAUCAAUGAACUCAUAAUAAAAAUUAAUCAAAAGAUCGUUUUCAAAGUAACAAAAAGUAGAAAACCGAUUCCAUCAACAAAAUCAAAUUCACAAUUUAAAAAGAAUUCAAUUCAUAAUAUGUUACGUCUUGAUUCAUUUGCCCAAACUGAACAAAGCUUUUCGAUUGAACACGGACCAUCGAUAACAUUGAAUCAUGUGUCUGUUGAUGCAACAUUGAUUAUUGAUGAAACUUAUCACAAUCAUAUUCGACGUAUAUUAAAGAAAAGUUUACCACCGAAUGUUCAAAUUCAACUCUUAUACACUCCUCAUAAUAUUGUAAAUAAACAACAACAAAGGAAAUCAGCAAAACAGCAGGAUCUUCAUAUGAAAAUUCUCAACUCAUUGAUACCGUUAAAAUUUCAAAACGGUGAAAUUUCUCCAUCGGGCUUAAUUUUUAUUGGUCUCGGAACGCAUCAAACAACUGGCAUUGGAAUGCACGUUUACAGUCAUUUAAUUCCAACCAUUGAACGUGAAAAUCUCGAUUUACAAGAUCCAUAUAUAUCGAAAUGGAAUAGAGAACUUCUUUUAUCUGUUGGACAAAUCGCACGAUUUGUUUUUGACCAAUUAAUGAUCGAUAACAAACAAUUCGAUUCUACACUUGCUUCCUAUUCAUUUCAACCAUCGGUACCAAAUAAUGAAAUAGGUACGAUUCUUGUCGAUGGAUUUUUUUCUUCGAACAAAGAAAUACUCGUUCCAGUUAAACGAUCUCCAGCUGAUACUAAUCUUUCAUUGGUUCCAUCAGCGCAAGCUUACACAGCAAAUUCUAAACAUAUUCAUUCAUUUCUUUCCUUACCACUUGUACCCUAUGAAUUAAGUAAAAAUGGUCUCUUUCAAGCAUUAAAAGAUCGUGAUCUGAUUGUCGAAGUCGACAAUGAACUAAUUGAAUCCACUAUAAUCACAACCAUUCUUCUAUCGAAUCAAUUUGUCGAAUUUCUUCAUUGGUUAUCUAGUCAAAAUACAGAUGAUAAACAAUAUAUAAAACGUUUAUUAUCAAUAGUACGUUUUCGUGAAACACCUCAGUCGUCAAUCAUCACAUUAGAAAAAUUAAAAAAUUAUGAUAACUUCAAUAUUUCAACGAAUCUUCCAUUACCAACACAUGUUUUACCUGCGAGCGUAGCUGCGUACUUAUCCAGAGAAGAAUUACAAAAGCAACUAUCAUUAAUACCAUUAACACUGAAAGAUUUUGUUCAUCAUUAUCUACUUAAAAGUCAAUUGCAUUUGUUUACCAAAGAAAAUACAUCCACAUGUCUAUUGCAUGUUAUUUCGAAACAUUCCGGUCAAUUAAAUAAAACUGAAUGGAAUAAAUUAAAAACAACAUUAUCAACUCUAACAUGUAUACCAACGAAUCAAGGAAUGAAAAUUCCGCAUGAAUCAUAUGUUCCAUCAUCAAUCUUAUCGCCAGAUUUACCCGUUAUUACAUUAAAUGUACCACAAAAUCUGAAUGACGAAGACGACGACAAUGAUGCACAAUCAACUACGGAGAACAUGGAGAAUCCUGUAUCAGCGGAAUUUCUCAAACGAUUAGGUUGCCGAACAUUAAAUGUUCAAUCGUUUGUUCAUGCACGAUCAUCAUUAACAAAUCCAUCGAAUUCACACAGCAUGAAAACUCUAAUUCAACAUCUAAUGGAAGAACGAGAAAACAUGAGCGAAGGAGAUUUCAAUGCACUAAAACAAAGUGAAUGUCUCAAAGGCACAACACUCAUGCCCAAUAAAGAAAACACGCGAAAAUAUGCUCCGCAAGACCUUCAUUUUCCUUCUGUGGCUAUUCAAUUGCAAUGGACAACAUUGCCAAUCAUUGAUUGGCAUGACAUUGAUGCUCGAUCAAGUGAAUAUGCAUUUCUAAAAGAAAUCGGCGUACGUGAAGUACCCGAUCUACAAAAAUUAAUUGAUCGAAUUAUCGAAGAACAUAAUGAACAAAAGAAAAAAUCAAAUGAUGAAUAUCGAUUACCGAAAGCACUUGGAUUUUUAGCGGAAAAUUUUCAACAACAUUAUUCUAAAUUAUGGAAAGCAGCAAAAAUUAAACGGCCUUUUCUGCCAUCUUAUUUAUCAUCAAAAAGCAUUGAAUUAUCUUUACCCGACGAAGUUUUUAAAGAUGAAAGUCCAUUGUGUGCAACAUUGUUAUCUGAUGUUGUUCAACUAUUCGAAGAACAUUUCAAUAUAGCUUUAAUUGGCGUUAAAGAUCGCCCAACUUUAACCAUAGCAUUUGAUAUUCUAAUGGAGAAGAAAGAAAAAAUACUCAAUGUAGAAACUGCACCAAAGAUUUUCGCUUAUAUGAAUCAACUCGAUGGUCUAAGUCGACCUUUAAUCGAACGUGUAUCAAAAUUCACUUUUAUUCCUCUCGAAGGAAGUGCAUAUUUUAUGAAGCCAUCACAAGUUUUCAUACGUCCGGAUAGUUCAACAUCAACAUCAUCCUCACGAUUAAGACAAAUUCAUGUUAUCGUUCCAGAUUCAUCGGACGAUGAUGAUAAUGAUAGUGAUGAAAUAACACAAACAAUUUCUAGUCGUGGUCGUAAGCGAAACGUUAGAGCAACAACAUCGAAAAAUAAAAAGACAAAAACAGUUUCAUCAACUCCAUUGAUUAUGGAUGAUACUGAUAAAAGUGGUCUCAUUGAUUAUGUUGAUUAUGGUUCAGAAGGAAAUUCUUUUCUUCUUGGCGUUGGCGUACUGCAUCAUCCAUCUGCUUCUGUUUUAGCCGAAUUAUUAAUUGAUCGGCAAGCAAAUUAUUUUGCAAACGUGACUUCUGAUGAUUUACAAAAAAAAUUACUUGCUUAUACGAGUUGCCUUCGACAACUUGCUAUGGCAACAAAUGCAACCAAUGAAUUACAGUCAGCAUCAUUAGUAAAACGAUUGAAAACUCAGCCAUGGUGUUUAGGUUAUCAAACAGUAGAAAGACGUUCCAGUACUGAAAAACAGCGAAUGUUUAAAAUUGUGCCACCGAAUGAAAUCUAUCUUGAUGAUGAUCAUCAAUGUGCAGUCGACUUACGACCAUUGUUACCACCUGAUGAACCAGAAUUGACGAAAUUAUAUGAAAACUUUGGUGCACAAUGGUUAUCAGAAUGUGUAAAAAGAACUCUAGUACAUAAAGGAAAAGUGGCUACAUCCGAUCGGGGUAAUAAAUUACGUGAUUUAAUUCGAUUUCGUCUUGAUAUGUUAUUUGUCAAUAAUCGAGGUGAAAAAAUGGAAAAUCUUGAUGAAAAACACGUGGAUAUGUUACGAACAACUUUAGCUGUUUACGAAGUUGAUGGAAUUCAAUGUCAAUUAACAUUUCAAAAAAAGACGAUUACCCUCGAUUCAACUGAUAGCAGUUCGUGUGCACUUGAAAAUGAUAAAAAUACCGUUGCAUUGUAUUUUCAAAAACAUAUUCGCGAAUUCGAUUAUAUUGAUAUAGCGAGUGAAUUGGCUCGAUUUGUAUUUAGAAAACCACUAGAUACAGUUGCUCAUAUGAUAAGUGAUAAACUUGCAUCACCCUUAGAAACACUUAAACGUCGUGGCAUACCUGUUGAUCGUUUACUUCAACAUAAUCAAUUUCAUGUUCGUCCAGCAGCUCAAGCGAUUAAAGAACAGCCUGAAUCGAAUCACAACGACAAUAAUAAUCAUCAUCAUGAAAGCCAUGUUGACAUAACUGGUCGUGUCGAUGACUUUAGUCGCCAUCAAAUAAAAGAUGAUGGAAAAUUAUUGUCAAUGUUGAAGAAAGGUCGAACAUAUACACAAACAAAAUUUGUUCAACAAGAACAUGUCAAAGAUGAAAUUAAUCAUUCAUGUGAAGCUGUACCAUCAGCCAAUAUGACACGUUAUAAAGAUUCAUUUCACAUGGUACCAUUGUAUAUCGAACGAAAUGUUGUUAUUACAACUAAAAUGCUUGAUCAUGCUAAACAGUUAGCUUGGAUUUUGAUAGGACUUGCUAAUCAUGUAUUUAAAAUACCUAUUGAAACAUUACAUCUCUAUCGAGAUAUUGACGGAGCUCGAAUUGCAUUCAAUGAUCGUCGGGCGUUAUUUUUUAAUCUUCGUUAUUAUGAGCAAGUUUUUGCUGAUAAAGUUCAACCAUUUCUACAAGCAACAUCACCAUCUAUACCAAUACUACACACAAUUGUGAACUUCUAUUUUAUUUUGGCAUGCCAUGAACUUGCACAUAAUCUUGAGAUGGCUCAUAACUCAAAUUUUAUCAAUCAUUUAGAAACUAUAGCAGUCAAAUUUAUGACAGAAAAAGAUUUAUUUUUACAGCAAUUCUCAUUUCAAAAUUAUUUACAAACUGAUUUUGAUUGA